UAGGGGUUACUCUGCUCCAUUUUCGGGAAAAGUUUGAAUCGUUCUAGAAUGAGAAGCUUAAGUCUGAGAGUGUUGGUAAUUUUUGAAUUAUAAUGUUGGUACCUAUUACUAACAAACUGUGAUGUGUUUGCGUGUCUUCCCGCCAAUUUAUUGGUAGUUUUGAUUGUUUACAUCUGGUGAUCGUUUUUGCUGAAAAUAUUCUACUCCAUAAUUUGCUAAGUGAGUCAGUAAUUCAUCAAUGUUUCCAGGAUGACCAGGACAUAUAAAAAAGUUGGUGCAAGAAAUUACUGCAACUAUUCUCUGGAAACGCUCAAUGAAUGUCUACAAGCAGUUUUGAAGGGCCAACUCACGCAGUGGGAUGCAGAAAUAAAAUACAAAAUUCCAAGAAGGACAAUCAUCAGCAAAAUCAAGGUCUUGAAAACUUCAGAUGGUGCUCACAGUGUUAAGAAGACUCCACCAGGCAAACCUACAGUUUUUAGUGAAGAAGAGGAGGCAGCAUUUGUUUGCUGCAUUGUACGCUGUAGUGAAUUCAGCUUUCCUCUGGACUCUAUUGAUUUUAGAAUUAUUGGAAGGCCUAUUUGGACAAAUGUGGACGAACGGUAAAAAUUUUCAAAAACAAUUUGCCAGGACGGGAAUGGGUCCUUUCAUUUUUAAAAAGAUAUCCCCAUCUGACUGGGGCACGAUUUGCUGCAAACAUCAAGAGAAGCAGGGCUGGAAUAACGAAAGACACUAUCAGUGAAUAUAUCAGUAAUUUGGAAAAAGUGACUGAAGGACUGCCACCGAAGAGCAUCUGGAAUUAUGAUGAAUCCAAUCUUACAGAUGACCCUGGGAGAAAAAAGUAAUAGUGAAGCGGGGAUGUAAAUAUCCUGAAAGAAUAUGCAACACAACCAAGAUGAGUAUUUCGGUAAUGUUCUGUGGAAAUACUGCAGGGGAGGUUCUUCCACCGUUUGUAGUUUAUAAGUCCACAAAACUGUGGGACACAUGGAGUCAAAAUGGACCAAGUGGUGCUAGGUAUUGUAAUUCACCAUCAGGUUGGUUUGACACUUCCUCUUUUAAUGAAUUGUUUGAGAGUUUACUUUUGCCCCGACUCAGAAAGUUAGAAGGUGGGAGAGUUAGUUAUUAUAGGAGACAAUCUAUCCACACACUUGAGUGAAAAUGUUAUCAAUUUGUGCCACAAAAAUGAUAUAGACUGUUUGCUUACCUGCUAAUAGCACCCACCUAACUCAGCCGCUUGAUGUAGCAUUUUUUGCACCUCUCAAGAGAGGCUGGCGAAAAAUCCUCACUGAAUGGAAAGAAGGUGGUGGUUUCAAGAAUAGCACUCUACAAAAACAAGACUUCUCAUCCCCAAUGAAGAAACUUAUGGAAUUCACUCAGCCCGGCUCAGAACAAAAUUUAAAAUCUGGGUUCAGGACCUGUGGAAUUUAUCCUAUUAGCCUUGAUGAACUGCUGAAGAAAAUCCCUACAUCCACAUCAGUGAAUGUAGAAGAUAUAGAAAGCUCAUUUUUGGAAUCCUUGGAGAAAAAACGAGGUAGAUGGACAGAGAAAAGUUCCAGGGGAAAAAGAAAGCAAAUGACUGUUCCUCCUGGAAAAAGCAUUGGCCCAGAGCAUUUUCAAACUGACAUAAGUUGUAGUUCAAGUGGUAGCAGUACAGGGCAAGUUACUGCUCCAGAAACCUGUGCAAGUAAUGAUAGAGCAGCCUCUAAAUUGAAGAAAGCCAAGACAGUGGAAGAAUUAGCAUCACAGAAUCGUUGCAAACAUCGGAGAAUUGAGAAGUCCCCAAAAAAGAGAGUGGAUAGCAUUGCACAUUUGGAUGAAAGUGAUGAUGAAGAUGAUGAUUUGAAUAAAGUAAUUGACGAAUAUGAGAGAGAGGAGAAUGAAGAAAACGACUUUAUUAGCAUGUUGGAAGGAUCAAAAGACCUGAAAAGCUCCUUUUCCCUACCAAGUCCAGAGAGAAAAGUUGGGGAGUUUGUUGUUUUCAAUUAUGAGGGGGAGUUCUUUCCAGGCCGAGUGCUUAGUUUUAAUGAAGAUGAGGUGUGCAUUUUGUCAAUGAAGUCACUGAAAUCAUGGAAAUGGCCUGAUAUUGAGGACAAACACCAAUACCCAUGGGAGGAUGUUGUUGGGAGAAUUAAUAACCCAAAGAUGAUUUCCAAGCGUGGCUUCUAUUCUAUCCCUGAGCUUGAUAGGAUUUGGAUGUAGCUAUAACACAGAAAAAUAAUUUUUUGAUGAGUGAAUUGUAUCAGAAUGUCAAUUUUCAAUCAGCCUAUUAUUAUUUUAAAUUUAGACAGUAGAAUAAAUAGAUUAGGUGAUCUCCAUGGACAAAAAUAGUAAUUUGGAUGAGAUUGUUUGAGAAUAAUGCUUUAUAAGUUUUUUAUGGUUCUAAUUAUAAGAAUUUCUUCAUACUAAAUAAUGUUAUUUGUGUAUAUUUGCCCU